AUGGCCGAUCUCGCGAGCCGAAUCACAAAGCCCGAGGGGGCAGAGGCAGAGACGGCUCCUGCUCAAGAGACUACUGGCACCGUUGAAGAUGCGCAAACGGAUGGAGCUGGUCAGAUUUUAGGCGGCUCGGGUCUCCAAGAUGUCAACUACGAUGUCGAGGUAUCGCUGAACGAGAUCCAGCGCGAUCAGCAAAACCCCUUGGGCUCUGCACACACUUUCCAGGAACUUGGACUGCCCAACGAAGUGCUUAACGGCUUGAUGGCUAUGAGCUUCCAGAAGCCCUCCAAGGUCCAAGAGAAGGCCCUACCUCUCAUGUUGGCUGACCCGCCCAUGAACAUGAUUGCGCAAUCCCAGUCUGGAACUGGCAAGACCGCUGCUUUCGUCACGACGAUCCUAUCGAGAAUAGACUUCACUAAACCCGAGCAGCCACAGGCCCUUGUCCUAGCCCCCAGCCGAGAAUUGGCUCGCCAGAUUCAAGGUGUCGUUCAGACUAUUGGUCAGUUCUGCGGGAAUCUGGUUGUCGAAGCCGCCAUUCCCGGCAACAUCGCCAGAGACUCCCGCGUAAAAGCCAGUGUUGUCACCGGCACCCCUGGAACCGUCAUGGACUUGAUUAGAAGACGGCAAUUUGAUGUGUCCCAACUGAAGGUGCUCGUUAUUGACGAAGCCGACAACAUGCUGGACCUACAGGGCUUGGGUGAACAGUGCGCCCGAGUCAAGAACAUGCUCCCGCCGACUAUACAGAUUCUCCUCUUCUCUGCUACCUUUCCCGACGUCGUACUGAGAUACGCGACCAAUUUUGCUCCGCAGGCAAAUCAAAUCAAGCUGAAGGUCCAGGAGCUUACCGUACGCGGCAUCUCCCAGAUGUUCAUGGAUUGCCCUAGUGAGGUGGAGAAGUACUCGAUCCUAUGCAGUCUUUACGGUCUGAUGAACAUUGGAUCGUCAAUCAUCUUCGUCAAGACACGCGAGAGUGCAAGUGAGAUUCAAAAGCGCAUGGAAGCCGAUGGUCACAAGGUCACUGCACUCCACGGUGCUUUCGAGGGUUCGAGCAGAGACGCACUGUUGGAUGAGUUCCGUCAAGGACGAUCGAAGGUGCUCAUCACUACCAACGUUCUCGCUCGUGGAAUCGACGUCUCAAGUGUUUCCAUGGUCAUCAACUACGACGUCCCCAUGAAGGGACCCGGCGAGCGCGAGGCGGAUCCGGAGACUUACCUCCACCGCAUUGGCCGCACUGGUCGAUUUGGCCGUGUAGGUGUCAGUAUCACUUUCAUCUACGACAAGAAGAGCUACGAGGCUCUUCAAUACAUCGCCGCCAAAUAUGAUAUCGACCUUAUUCGCCUGGUACCCGAUGAUUGGGACAAUACGGAGAAAAAGGUCCAGCGUGUAAUCAAGUCGAGCAGAGCGCAGGCGGGCUUCAACCCAAGUGCCAGAACUUGA